CUGAACGAAAGAAAUGGCUUAGACUAGGUGGCAGUGACUUAGCUACCCAAGCGAGCAAGCCACAAAUUAACUUUCACUUCAAAAAUCAAAAGUUGCAUAGAUCUUUCAAACAGAAAACACAAUAUCGAUCGAUGUGAUGUUAACUAAAUAGCCUAUGGAAUAUAUUUAAUUAAUAUGGCAUCCAAAUAUGAGCGCAUUAUCAGUGAUUGCAGAUCGAGAAAUAUAUUGUGGGAAGACGCUGAUUUCCCAGCAAUACAAUCAUCGGUAUUUUACUAUCAAACGCCCCCAUUCACAUUCCAGUGGAAGCGCAUAGCCGAGCUAAACAAUGCGCAAGCCUCGUUCCUCAAUGAGAAUGCUGAAUUUGAUGUGGUGCCUGGUAAAAUGGGAGAUCGUUGGCUCGUCUCCUGUCUGGGCGUGUUGUAUUCGUUGCGAAAUCUAUUUUAUCGCGUUGUGCCUGCCGACCAGAGUCUGGACAAGUCAAUGGGCAUCUAUCGCUUUCGCCUAUGGUGGUGCGGCGAGUGGGUGGAGGUGCUCGUCGACGAUCGCCUGCCAACGAUCAAUGGACGACUCGCAUUCAUGCAGCCGCAGUCAUCGAAUUGCUUCUGGGCAUCGCUAUUGGAGAAAGCCAUUGCCAAAUUGCAUGGCUCCUACGAGGCGCUCAAGUAUGGCACACGAUCCGAUGGCCUGACCGAUCUACUGGGCGGCGUUGUCAAGUGCAUGCCCAUUAUAUCGGAUACCAUAAGACCGCAAACCCUAAAGGAUCACCUGGCCACAACUUGCAUUGUCACCUGCAUUGCGGUCAAAAAUGCCGCGGUCCAAAAGAAGAAUACAACGGAGAGGCUGUCCAAUGGCAUUUUGCUGAAUGCUAACUACAGGCUUUCGUGCUUGGAUAAAGUGGAGACGGUAAUGGGCGAUUCGGUGCAAUUGGUGCGCAUUAAGGACACAUUUUCGUCAAAGCCUUUUGGCGAUAAGACCAAUUUCGUGGGCGAUUGGUCACCGACCUCGAAGACCUGGGAGCGCGUCUCGUCUGCGGAACGUGGACGUCUAUUGGCCCAGUUGGAGCUGGGCGAAUUUUGGAUCUCGUUUUAUGAUUUUGUGCACACGUUUACCACGCUGGAAAUCGUUUAUUUGGACUCGGACACAGCGAAUGGCGAGCAGAUGUUGAAGGGACGUCCGUUGCACUGGAAAAUGAAGAUGUAUCAAGGACAGUGGAAACGCGGCGUGACUGCCGGCGGUUGUCGCAACCAUGAGUCCUUUCACAUCAAUCCACAGCUCUUGGUAUCCAUACAGGAGAAACAGGACAUUGUCAUUGCAUUGAAUCAGCAUACGGCCGUGGAGCCAAAGGUCAUCGGCUUCACCAUGUACAUGUGGAAUCGCGAAUAUAGCCUAAACGAAUGCUUACAGAAGGACUUUUUCAAAAAUCAAAUGAGCUUCCUGAACUCGGACUAUGGCAACACUCGGCACGUCAGCUAUCACACACAGCUGGACAUUGGGCACUAUGUGUUGAUGCCCACCACCUAUGAGCCGGCUGAGGAGGCACAGUUCACGGUCCGCAUAUUGGGCACGUCCGCCUUUAGGCUGUCGUGCCUGGAGACGCAAACAAUGAUCUUGCUGGAUCCGUUCCCAGCGCUGAAGACCGACGACAAUGUGCAGAAAAUCAAAAGCAUCUGCCAAUAUGAACCAGUGUACAUGCAGCUGGCGGACGAGAACAAGACCAUCAAUUGCUUCGAGCUGCACGAGCUGCUGGAGGCCUGCCUGCCCAAUGACUAUAUCAAAGGCUGCGCCAACAUCGACAUCUGCCGCAAGGUAAUUGCGCUGCAAGACAAAACGGGCAGCGGCCGCAUCACGUUUCAGCAGUUCAAAACCUUUAUGGUUAAUCUAAAAUCAUGGCAAGGCGUAUUCAAAAUUUAUACAAAAGAGAAAGCGGGCAUUCUGCGCGCAGAGCGCCUACGCGAUGCACUAUAUGACAUUGGCUUCCAGCUGAGCACCGACAUCAUGAACUGUCUCAUCCAGCGCUACAUACGCAAGGAUGGUACGCUGCGCCUCAGCGACUUCGUCUCGGCAGUCAUCCAGCUGACCACGGCCUUCAAUCAAUUCCAUUCGAAGAACUACAAUCAGGUGAACGUGAUUGAGGUGCAUCUGCACGAUUGGAUCAAGAGCAUAUUGAGCUGCUAGAGCAAGUGCGCGCUGACCGAUGCAAUAUACUGUUUUUUUUUUCUAUAAAUUAUAUAUAAUUAUUUAUUUUUAAAUGGGACA